AUGUCGUACAUGCUGCAGCAUCUUCACUCCGGAUGGCAGGUGGACCAGGCCAUCCUAACCGAGGAAGAGCGCUUGGUGUGCAUUCGCUUCGGGCACGACUACGACCCCGAGUGUAUGAAGAUGGACGAACAGCUCUUCAAAGUUGCCGAAGAUGUGAAGAACUUUUGUGUGAUUUAUCUGGUAGACACCACAGAAGUGCCUGACUUCACGACUAUGUACGAGUUGUACGAUCCGGUCACGGUAAUGUUCUUCUACAGAAACAAGCACAUGAUGAUUGACUUGGGGACCGGAAACAACAACAAAAUCAACUGGGCGUUGAACAACAAACAGGAGCUAAUCGACAUCAUCGAGUGUAUCUACAGAGGAGCCCGCAAAGGCAGAGGUUUGGUGAUAUCACCGAAGGAUUACUCGACAAAGUAUCGCUAUUAG